AUGGCCUCAAAGCAGCAAGUUACUCCCUCUAAUGACAGCAGUCGGAAUUCUUCAAAGAUUCCCAACACUGAACCGGUAUACGUUGACGCAAUUGAUGCAGCGACCGGCGAACAUAUAAAAAUUAUGUACAGCGGCGCGAAAGUCAUCGGCAGUGGUUCUUUCGGAAUGGUGUUUGUCGCUUUGCUCGACGGAGAGCGGGAAGUGGCCAUAAAGAAAGUUUUGCAGGAUAAACGCUAUAAGAAUCGAGAACUCCAGAUACUCCGCGAGAUCCGCCACCCGAAUAUUGUGUCUCUUAUGUACUUCUUUUAUUCUAUUGCCAAUUCGUGCAAUUUUCCAACGCCUUCCUCCUCCGUUUCUUGCUUGCGUGCUCUGCGAGAUGCUGCCUUGCGACUCGUGCUAAGCCCUGUGAGCCGGGAAUUUCUGUCUUCCAGAAGGGAAGCACAGAAGAGAAAGCCUCCCCAGGUAGCUCGGACGACUCCUGUAAGAACCAUGUUCCCCUGUUGUUUCCUUUCCUUCUGUUUCGAGGUGCAGUCUGCGUGCAGUGUGUGUGUUUUUCUCUUUCAGAAAUCGAAGGACACUUACCUCAACCUCGUGCAGGAGUACAUUCCUCAAACACUUAGCCGUGUUAUCAAGCACUACUGGCACGUCCGUCAACCCAUUCCAAUGACUUAUGUCGUACUGUACAGUUUCCAAAUGAUCCGCGGUUUGGCGUACGUGCACAGCAAGAACAUCUGCCAUCGGGACAUCAAGCCGCAGAACCUCCUGGUCAAUCCCGAGACGGGUGUGCUGAAAAUCUGCGACUUCGGCAGCACCAAAGUCCUCGUCCCGGGCGAGCCCAAUGUGUCGUACAUUUGCUCGCGCUACUACCGCGCGCCCGAGCUCAUCUUCGGCGCCACGCAGUACACCGUGCGAAUAGGUAAGUCGGAACUGCUUCAUGCCAACGCCUCCAAGUCUGAUCCCCUAUGGGCAGGUCAUUUUCGCAGGGAUCGCUGGAGUUUACUGAAGAACCACCAAAUCCUCGCCUCAUUAGCAUUCUCGUCUGUCUUUCGUGGAUUAGGGGCACGCCUUUUCUUCCACGCAGACAUGUGGUCGGCGGGUUGCGUCGUGGGCGAAUUGCUUCUUGGUCGUCCCCUGUUUCCCGGUGACUCGGGAGUCGAUCAGCUGGUGGAAAUCAUCAAGGUCCUCGGAACGCCCUCGCUGGAGCAGGUCAAGGAGAUGAACCCGCAGUACAGCAAAUUCGUUUUCCCCAGCAUUAAGUCAUGCCCGUGGGAAAAGACGAUAAUGGCAAGCAUCUACCUGCGAAAGUUGACUCCUUUAGGUACAUCAUUGGAGAUUCUGAUCAAAAUGCAUCUUACAGUCACCGAAAUUCGGAUCAUGGCCUGGAAAUUUACUCGAAUGGUCAUACAGUGGCGUCCGCAGACGUCUUCCAUGAAUUCUCCUUUUCGUCAACAGGGAAACAUUCGUAAUUUAUCGACUAGUGCUGCCGAUUUGAACUCGGCGACUCAAGUCGCCAGCUGGAAAAAAAAGGCUAACUUGAUAAGUGAGGAACGUCUGCGACUCCGUUACAUCUCUCGCAGUAGCCGCGUCGAGUUAGAUCGUUACCUUUGUCGCAUUCUGCUUUUGCAGUUGAUCACCAACCGCGGGCAGUGUGAAGACGCAUUUAACGUCCUGCGAGCCCUCCUCGUCUACAGCCCCUCGCAGCGGCAACCAGCCAGCGAGGCGCUCGCCGCGCCCUUUUUCCAGCAGGUUCUGUCCAACUCCAGCCUCGAGGUGCCCAGCACCAACUCCACCGGCCGAGCGUCCACCGCCUUGCGACCCAUCGAACCCUUCACCGAGGAAGGUAAGCAGCCAAAUCCACGCCGCCUGCCACAAAUGUGCCAGUGUUUGGCUCGUCGUAGUGGAGAGUUGUCGUACCUUCCCCCUGAGCUGGUUGAGACCAUUAGGCGAUAUGGCUUGACCGCUGCUUCGAUCCACCACUCACAAGAAUCCCAGCACCAAUCCAGUCCCCAGCAGGCCCCUGCAACCCCCUCCACUCGGUCAAGUCGACGUGGCUCCUCCGCCAACACCUAA